UAUAUAGCUUGUUUAUGGUGUGAUUAAAUAAAGAAUAACCUUUUCAAAUUGUGUCUGACUCCUUUUUACAAUAUACAUGUAUAACUUUUCAUUGUUGGAUACCAAGCAAUAGGAAUGGAACAUCGCUAAAAUGGCAACAGUUGAGAACAACAAGGCACCUACUAAUUUAAUUAAUAACGGCAGAACACUACCGUCACGUUCAAGUGUGAUGACGUCGUCGAAAUGUUCAGUCCCGUCAUCUUUGCGGUCCAGUCGAAUUGACCUCCUUUCAUCACGUAGAUCAACCAAUUUUGGGUCAUCACCAACAAGGCGUUUAAGCAGCUUCCGUGUUUUGACGUCACCUAUCCGGGAUUUGACGUCACCAGUUCGUGUAUCGAACAGAUUUUACAAAUCUAAUUUAACCAGGAAAGCUAGUAAACGGUCGUUGAUUACUGCAGUAAUGCCGAAUGAGUUAGAAACAACAAAUGACAACAUAGCUUUAGUUCCCGAGGAAUUGGAAAUUCUCCUUGAUCGUUGCAACAAAAUCGAGAAAACAGCAAUACAGAAUAUGAAAAAAGUAGAGCAAAGUCACGCGGCAGUUACCGCAGAUAUAAAGAAGUAUAGGAAACAGGUGAAUAAUGUCCUUGACGUGUGGGAAAAAGAAGCGCUUGAAAGGGUGAACGGCAUAAUGGAUCUUGACAUAGCGCAUCUGAGCUCCGUCUUGGAUGAGGUAACGAAACUGGCAGAAGAAAUACUUCAAUCAGCAAAGGAUGUUACAGAGUAUAAAAGCAAGCUAUUCGAAGUAAAUGUUAUUGAAACGGAGGCUAAAAAUACCUACAGAGAAUAUAAAUUCGUUAGCAACGAAACCAUAUCAAAUCUUCUAAAAACUGAAACUGAAUUGGGAGAUAUAGAAAUAACGCACGAGGUGGCAGGGCUCUAUAACAACCUUAAAGCUUUCGAUAAUUUUGUACCAACGUAUUUGGAGGAGAUUAAUGUUAAAGCUGAAAAUGAUACUUUCGAUUGUGAUAUAACUGGAAUGACAAUGAUUGGAAACCACAAACUGUUUCUUACUGAUACAGAUAAUAAGUCCAUAAAAAGUGUAGACACCAAACUGAAGAAAAUAACUUCAUACUUAAGUCUUUCGUCAGGUCCUUGGGAUUUAACCGUGGUGCACAGAGGACAACUCGCCGUGACUUUACCUAACGAGAAGAUAAUUCAGUUUGUUUUAACAACCGGCGGCUUGACAAAGGAUCGUCAUAUGAAGGUGAACGGAGAAUGUCAUGGAAUAACAUACCGUCGUGAAUGUUUAAUUGUGUCAUUUAGGUCGCCAGGGAAGGUCCAGAUAAUGACUCUUCAAGGACGGGCUUUGAAAAUCAUAAACCAGGAUCUUCAUAAAGCCAGACUGUUUGACUGGCCUGACUAUAUCGCUGUUAGCAAGGAUGGAAACUACAUAUAUGUUUCCGACUGGCAUAGAAACACAGUAACUCGUCUGAGUUGGAAAGGGGAGGUCACUGGCGUCUACAAAGACAGUCUUGGUACAAAGAUGGCGGGAGUUGCUGUGGCGAAUGAUGGGAGUGUAUUUGUCUGUAAAAGAACGAGUCAUUCCAUUGUUAAACUGAGUCCAAACCUUUCAGUCAGCAAUACAAUACUUGAGGAGAAACAUGGACUUAAAUAUCCGUGGUCAUUGUGCUUUUGUGAUGAGGAAAGUAAAUUGUAUGUUGACAAUAAUAGGAACAGUAAUACUGUGGCGGUCUUCGAACUGCGUUAAACGCAUUUAUAUAUACCAUAAUUAUAAUGCACUAAUAAA